CAUUGUUUUCCAAGCCACAAUCCCCGAGUGGGCCAACCAAGCCUUCAUGGGGGAAAAUGUGACCAGGAGACAAGGCCGCUGAGCAUUCCAAGAUGGACACCUUGUCUCUUUUUUGUUUUUAUUUUCUUUAUUUUUUUAUUUCCUUCCUUUCAUUCUAUUCCCAUGUUGUCCACUCUCUGCUGUCUCUACCAAGAACCUCUAGCUUUGUUUUUUACUUUUUCUAUAAAUAUAUAUCUAUAUAUAUAAUUGGUAUUUUUUGGUUUAUUUUGUUUUUUCAUUUCCGUCCAUCCCCCCUCCCCCCAUACCCCUUCUCUCCACCUCUACAGCUGCAACUUGUGUGUGGUUGAGCUGGGUUCAGCGCAGCGAUGCGGGCCCCCAUUCCCCCGAAGAUGGCUGUCACUUAACACUCUUUUCUCUCUCCUCCUUGCCGGUGUAGUUGUAGGUGUAGUCAGGUGACGCAGCCAAUGGGGUUGUCUUGUGUCUUGCACAACUUUCCGACACUGCGAAAACGAACACCCCCCAGGAAACGCAUCCAUGCUUGAUAUCGUACGGUUCAUGACCAAUAUGUUUCCAGUACAGGUGACCCCAUACAUCAAAGUGUUGACUCAUUAUCUGCAUAUUAUUUUCUCCUUUUUUUUCAAUCUAUGGAAAGAAACAACAAAAAAGAUAAUCUGUUUCUUUUUUUUAUUUUGUGAGGAAAAUCUGUUUAGAUUGUUGACAUUCACAAUCAUAAUUAUGACUGCCUGAGCAGAUUGCUUGUUUUAAAGUCUAGUCCACCACAGCGAUUGAGCUACGAUGCUCCGUCUUCACUCGUAAGACACUAGGACAGGCUUUAGACGGAUGAGAUAAAGAGGACAUUUUGUUUUUAACGCUCCCUUUCGCUCUAGAGCACAGUGUUGGGUGGGUAGUGGAUGAUAGAGCAGACAACAGUCCCCCCCGCUCCAUGGACCCCCGCUAACCGCUGCCUCUGCCCCUUGACAGGGAGGAUCCCGGAAGAGGCCAAGGCCUUGUCUCUGCUGGCCCCGGCCGCCCCCCCGGCGCCCGCCAUCCUCCCGGGCGCAGGCCUGCUGCCCAUCCCCAUCCCCACGCCCUCGCCCGUUCACAACCUGAACCUCCCGGUGCUGAGCCGGCCCCCUGCGGAGCUCUCCCCCUCGCUGAGCGCCCAGCCCCCGCCGCUCAUGGGGAACGUGGACCCCUCCAAGAUCGACGAGAUCCGCAGGACUGUCUACGUGGGCAACCUCAACUCCCAGACCACCACGGCUGACCAGCUCUUGGAGUUCUUCAAGCAAGUGGGAGACGUGAAGUUUGUGCGCAUGGCGGGGGACGAGACCCAGCCCACACGCUUCGCCUUCGUGGAGUUCCUGGACCAGAACUCUGUGUCCAGAGCGCUCACCUUCAACGGCGUCAUGUUCGGAGACAGACCGCUCAAGAUCAACCAUUCCAACAACGCCAUCGUGAAGCCCCCGGAGCUGACGGCCCAGGCCGCCGCCAAGGAGCUGGAGAGCGUGAUGAAGCGCGUGAGGGAGGCCCAGUCCACCAUUGCCCUCGCCAUAGAGCCCGGAGAGGAGGAAAAGCCGCGCUCUGCCAGUCGGUCCCGACGGCCGCGGCGUUCCCGCUCGCGGACGCGCUCUCCCUCACGCUCGAAGACGCACAAGAAGAGGUCGCGCUCGAGACACAGGACCAAGCCCUCUCAGGCGCCCGUGCCCAGGGGCAGUCCUCGCGGCGUCCACAAGAGGCGCUCACGCUCCCGGGACAAACGACGGAGCCGAAGCCACUCCAGGGGCCACAGGAGACGCAGUAGGGAGCGCUGCAGGAGCCCCAGGAGGACGGCCCGGUCUCCCUCCCCCCAGAGAAACACUGCAGCCUCCCACAGAGGCGCCAACAGUCAUCAAACUUUCCAACAGAAGCCGAGCAGGGUGAAGAGGGGAGGGCGGAGGAGGGAGCGCAGCAGGGAGCGGAAGGAGCGCUCUUUGUCCCGUAAGAGGAGUCACAAGGACCAAGACCGGAACCGAAAGGCCAGGCCCGUCAAGGUGCAAAAGGAGGUUGAACGGGAAGCAAAGGAAGACUGUGAGAGCGACAGAGAAGGCUCCGGAUCGGCCAGCGAGGACAUGGCCUCCCCCUGUACACAACAAAAUGGCCGCUGAGAGACUGGGCGAAGAGCACGUGUCCGUAGGUUCAACACGAAGUAGGAGACCAGAGUUCUUCUUUUUGGCUAACAGUGGCUAUAUUAAAAAAAAGUGUGUUGAAAUACGUAUUCGCACACGACAAAACUCACACAUAGUUGGGUAGUGUCACACAUGUCAGUCGCCCAUUUUUAAGACGCAGCGUUGUAUUAGUUCAAUCAUCAUCUGGUGGUUUGCUUUUAGUUUUUUAUUCAAUUUCAUACUGGCACUACACAAAUUCCGUUUUGUGGUACAGAUGUCACCAAACAAGGAUAUCGAUUUCAUAGAUGUGUCCAUCUGUCAAUGACAAGCAAUUUAGUUAUUAAACUGAAAGGAAAUCAAUCUUUAUUGUCAAUUUUAUUUUACUGAACAGUAUUUUGAUAUCAGAAUCAGUUGACAGAACGUGGAACCUUUAUGGAUUCAGCUAUUGUACCAUCUAUUUGGGACAAAUGGUCCGAUUUAAUGAGUAAACCGUAAGCAAAGAUUUAUAUUUAAUACUUUUUAAUUACAAGUCUACUAACUAACAAAAGAAAGAAUAAAAGGGAGUAGUAGAAGAGAAAUCUGAAUAAUCGUCCCCUCUUUGUACAACUGUGUAGAACCCCUUGCUUCAGUACUAGGGAUGGGACAGGCUAUGCUUACCUCGCUAACGUACAGAGCCUGUAUUGACUUGAUAAAAAAUAAAUAAAUAAAAGAACAGCCCACCCUGUAUCUAA